AUGGAAAAACUAUGUAUUCGUUCAUAUAUAAAAACUCGUUGGUUAUUAGGUUUAACUGUUACACAAAUUCAUGAUGAAUUAACUGCUGCUUAUGGUCAAGAAGAUGAUCCUCGAUCUAGUCGUCCGUUAUCCGUCAUUACACGACAAAAUAUUGAUGCUGUCCAGAACCUGGUGAAUGAUGAUCCACAUAUUAGUAUUGAUUAUAUUGCUACCAUCUUAGAUAUAUCACAUGGUAGUGUAGAUACUAUUCUCAAGCAAUAUCUUGGCUUAAGAAAAAUAUUGUCAAGAUGGGUACCUCAUCAACUCAAUCAACAACAACGAAAACGAUGUAUUGAUAUUUGUAUUGAAAAUUUACAGAAAUUUGAAAGUGGUGCCUGGCGAUUAUGUGAUAUUGUUACAGGCGAUGAAAGUUGCUUUUAUCAUCGAAAAAUUUAA